AUGGAACAGGGAAAUCAUACUGUAGUCACUGAGUUCAUUCUCCUGGGGUUUUCCAAUCUCCUCCAGCUCCAGGUGCUGCUUUUUGUGGUGUUUCUGGUUACUUUUGUAAUAACACUGACUGGAAAUGUUCUGAUUAUCUUAGUCACAGUGGCUGACCCUACAUUACAGAGACCCAUGUACUUUUUCCUCCGGAGCCUGUCCUUUUUAGAGGUUUGCUUCAACUUUGUCAUUGUCCCUAAAAUGCUGGGGAAUCUCCUCUCUGAGAAUAAAUCCAUCUCCUUCUAUGGGUGUGUCCUCCAAAUGUAUUUCUUUUUUUUUUUAGGGAGUUCUGAGUGCUUUCUCUUAGCUGCAAUGGCUUAUGACCGCUAUGUUGCCAUCUGCAACCCACUGCAUUACACCAUCAUCAUGAAUAGGAGAGUUUGCAUCCAGCUAGCAGUGACUUCAUGGAUCUCAGGGAUACCUGUGGGGACUGUGCAAACCACAUGGCUUUUUAGUUUCCCUUUCUGUGGGCCCAAUGAAGUCAACCAUUUCUUCUGUGAUGGACCUCCCAUGUUCAAAUUGGUCUGUGCUAACACCUCCCUGUUUGAGAUGUAUGCCCUCAUAGGCACUAUAAUAGUUGUCAUGGUACCCUUCUUGCUGAUCCUGGUCUCCUACAUUUUUAUUAUUUCUACCAUCCUGAGGAUGCCAUCAGCUAUAGGCAGACGCAAAGCCUUCUCUACCUGCUCGUCACACCUUGUGGUGGUAACUCUGUUCUACAGCACAUCUGGCUUGACAUACUUUUGGCCAAAAUCCACCUAUUCCCCAGGCACCAAGAAGCUUCUCUCUAUCUCCUACACAGUCAUUACUCCCAUGUUAAACCCGAUUAUCUACAGCCUAAGGAACAAGGAAGUGAAGGAAGCCAUGCGGAAAACACCGAGCAGGAAUAUUUGCUUUUAG